CGCGCGUACGACACCGAAUUUUAAAUGACAACGCUCGGGGGCGCGGUCGACUUCCUUUCGACGCCGCUCGCGAUGCCGCGCCGCAUUGCCACCAUCACCACCCUCAACGCCAUCGCAAGCUGUCGCACGCCAGUCACGAGUGGAUGGAAUAGCGCACCGCUACACCUCUGCUCAUACUCGAUCAAGCACGCAAAUUUUAUUUGGCCCCUCUACCUCUCGGCUGUGCUACUCGGCAGUACGGAGCUGAUUCAAGAUGGCAUCUUAUUUGGCUAGCAUUUAUGGUACCGAGCAAGACAAGGUCAACUGCUCAUUCUACUACAAAAUUGGUGCCUGCCGCCAUGGAGAUAGAUGCUCGAGGAAGCACACCCGGCCACCUUUCAGUCAGACUAUACUCAUCUCUAACGUGUAUCAAAAUCCUCGACAUGCGGACGCAAACUGCACCUUGAGCGACGAAGAGCUUCAACGCGACUUUGACGACUUUUUUGAAGACUUCUUUUGCGAAUUGGCUAGGUACGGGACGCUCAUCGAGAUGCAUGUAUGCGAUAAUGUUGGGGAGCACUUGAUCGGGAACGUGUAUGCGCGAUACGAAUUUGAAGAAGAGGCUGGAAGAGCGGUGGAUGCUCUGAACGAGAGAUGGUACGCUGGACGACCGCUGUUUUCCGAACUCUCACCCGUGACCGACUUUAGGGAAGCGUGCUGUCGGCAGAAUGAGACAAACGAGUGCAACAGAGGCGGUUUUUGCAACUUCAUGCAUUUGAGAUACGCUUCGCCCGCUUUAGUAAGGGAGUUGCAUCACGAGCUAUCGGCAGAGCUCGCCUUCCGACGAGCAAAAGAAGAGAGCACGGGCAAAAAGAUGGGCUGGAAAGAUGAGAUUGCGGCGAAUGAUGACACGGUACCGGACUGGAAAAAGGGAAAGAGCGGAGGGGACUGGAGGAACGGGCCUAGGACUUUGCCGGUGGAAGGUGAUGAUCAAAACGGGGCUCAUGACGAUCCUGCGGAUCAAAGAGACAGGCGUCGCUCUGACAGGAGGAGCGCGAGUCCGUCGCGGUAAUCGCUUACGGAAUUUCAUGCGCGAUUGUUCAGGCAUGUCUGUGCCUGUCGGCAUUCCGUUUGUGUGGUUUGCGAGCGGUCAUUGCACGAGUUCCCUCGGCUCGAGGCACCCGCCUUCCGCUCGAGUUCUUUGAAGAGGUGGUUUGGUAGCAAG